AGAAUAUUAUAAAUGUGUUCACUCUGUAUUGCCAAUGUUAUUGUACAAUGCAGCCCGGAAAAUAAUUUUAAUUUCUUGACUUGGGAAGUAUGUUGUUCGCUGUUGAGGAAGUUAUAAUUAUCUAAACAAUAAGGAUUCUAUUCUAAUGACACGGUUCAACAACUAAUCGAAUGUUUUAUGGAUGUCCUGUUCCUCCACUGAAUGAAACUCAAGGUAACAUCUAUUCAAGAUAAUAGGCAGAGAUGAAUUGGUUUCUCAAUGUAUGUUUGAUUUCAGGUUUGUGGAUUCAAGUUGUGGUGUUGACGCCAAAUUAUACAGUUACAAGAUCUGUAAUAGGGUGCCAUACUGAAUUGCUGUGGCAGAUAAAUUCAAGCAAUAUUGGCAAUACCAUAAACAUUACAAAAGAUGGGGUACAGGUAUUGUAUUAUCGAAUAGAAGAUUCAAUACAGGAUAAAUCUGAAGGCAGAUAUGAGCUACAUUUAAACAACAUCUCAACUGGUGCAAAGGAAAGAGUCGUAAACGUGACUUUAAUAAUAACAAAUGUAACUAUGAAUGAUUCUGGUUUUUAUGAUGUUCUAAUAGAAAAUACAAGAUAUAAUAGGAUACGACUAGUUGUGGCGGAUUUUAAGUGGAAAAAUGCUUUAAAUCAAAUAGAAAUUCGAGUAGGCGAUAUUGUAAAUAUCAUAUGGAAAUAUGAAACUUCUUCUACAGAGUUCGAUAUCAUACUGUACAGAGUAUUUUCAGCUAGUCGGAAAACCAGAAAUGAACAGUUGGCACGGUGGUCUAAUGGGUUCCUAAAAGAACAAAGUGGAAAUAAUAGAAUGUUGGCCGAACUUGUAUCAGGCCCAGAUGGUAAAAUAGGGAGAGUAGAACUCAGAAUACUGGAUAUAGAACCUGAAGAUAUAAACUAUGUCUAUAAAAUUGGAGUUCAGUUUAAUGGGGACUGCAUUGUGUAUGACGAACCCGUUACUCUUCGGGAAAGUAAUGAGUUUUAUUGGUUAACGCAUACAGAUCCAUUGAUAACUACUCCGAGGAAGAGUGUGAACCUAGUUUGGGAAUACCAUAGUAAAAGACUUGCCGACAAAAUUAUCUUUACCCGAUAUAGCAAUGUUACGUCAAAGUAUGAAAAGGUGGGAAUGUGGAGCAGAAUGAACGGAUUUGAAACAUAUAUUAACUCAACAGAAUUUGAUCUCAAUAAAGUUAUUGACGAUAAAAAUGAGGAGGAAAGAAUAAUUCUAGGUGUUUCAAAACCAAUCACUGCAGACAUUAACAGCCUUUACUACUGUCGUGUUUUCAUUGGAGAUACUUUCAGCAGCAUUUCACAAAUUCAAUUGAUAACUGAGCGACCAAAAUUAAUUCCAGUAGACAGUGUGUUUAUAACGGAUAUUGGGGAUUCUGUAAAGUUCAUCUGGGCGUAUCAGUAUCGUUUUACAGCAGCCACCAUUUCUAUCAAACGUAAAAAUUAUUACGACGAAAAGAUUGAGGAGCUGGGUUAUUGGUAUCGACAUAAAUUUGAAUUAAUGAUAAAAGAUACACAUAAGUUGUUAUUUCAAAUAACACCAAAUACUACCUAUUCGAAUGGAUCAGCUGCAACGAUUACUGUUAUGAUAGUUAAUACAACGGACGAUGAUUUAAAUAGUGUAUACAUAUGUUCUGUGACAUUUACUGAUGGUGAGACGUCUUCCUCACAAAUUGCACCUGAGUGGAAUGUCACAUAUAAUACACAGAUGUCUGAAAUCACAGCCAAUGAUAUCAGUUUUAUCAAGAAGCCAGUGAACGUAUUUUUUAUGGUAAUUGCCGGUUUUGUUUUAUUGUGUGUAAUAAUAACAAUUAGUGUUUAUAUACGAGAUAAAUUCCAUCACCAAUCAGCCCGUUAUCACGUAGAUAAAGUUCAUCACAAGGAUAACUUUUGCCAACUUUCACAGUUAAGGGACCCCGGAAGUGUUUCAUUGUUAUAGCCACAUUCGAUUAUCUUAAAAUCACAAAAUAAACGUUUUGUUUUGAUUUUAUAUUUGGUACUCAUCAGAACAUCUGAAUGUGUGGGCCGAGAAAUUGCCUGUGUUGACAUACCUGGAUGCGUUUUCUGAUGAAAUGUAGAGAUUUAAAAACCCAAAUGUACAUCUGAAUCUGUUAGCAGAGCGCGGUUGUGGUAGAAAAUAGGAUCGAUUAACAUGUAGUGCAAAAUUUAGACUGUGGUUUUAUGAGAGUAGAACUUUCCAUUUUACAGGAACACCAGUACUUACUGCAAAUAUACAACUUGUUUGUACCUUAUCGCUAUUGCUGUUUUAGCAAGAUACAAAUUGUUCAGUCUUAUCUAGGAUUGUGCUUUGUAGUAAUCCCAAUGAUGGGUUACAUUUUAAACAGGAUAUUUUUGCUAAAUAUUCUCUAGAAUAUACACAGAAUUUUGUUUUGUAUCAAUGUUAAUGAGACUACUUAUAUUGUAACUAAAAAAUAGUCGUGAAAAGUAUAAUAAUGAAUGGGUGUUACUUUCCAACUAGAACAUCGCCGGUUUGUGUUCCAACAUUUAUUGUAAAUAUUUACUUUUUAUUCAUCACAAUAAACUUGAUAUUCCCGUGAGUUUAAAAGUAUUAAAUGCUAUUUUUGUAAUCAGUAUGGUAAUGCCACUGCCAUAGGGAUCAACAUAGGUAGAGGCUAUUCCUCAAUCCAAACUUUUAAUAACAUAUUGUUUACAGAACAAAAUUUCCACUGUCAGCUCGAGCUUUUCAUGUAAAAAGACCCCAAUAAACAAGCAACUGUGGAACUUGCAGGCUAUUCAAGAAUAGUUGCAUAUAGGCUACAAGUAUGUCCUGCUUUGUACGAUAAACAUACGCAAACGUUCUCUAAUCAGCAAUGAAAAUUUAUAAGGAAUAAAAGGACCGAUCAUGGCAGAUACAUGACAAACAACGUUCAUUAACAAGAGCAUCGCUAUCGCUUCAAUAUACGUCCACAUUCCUACUUUGAUUGAUAUGGUACUUUU